AUGGUCGGUAAGUAUUCCGGCACCUCAGAAGUUAUUUCAACGACAUGGAAGAAAGAAGGCUUAACAGGAUUUUUUAAGGGAUACGUGCCACAUACGCUAGGUAUGUUGGUAUUUACAGGUAUCGACCUUACGAUUUACGAAAUGUCCAAAAAUCGGUUAAAUGGUGAAAGAUUGCAGUGGUCUGUCAACAUGGCAUCUGCCAUAUGUUCCAGCACUGUUGCUCAUUGUACGUGUUAUCCAAUUUCUAUGCUGACCACUAAAUUCCAAGCAAACAAUCAGCCGGAUGCUAAGUUUAUGGAUUUAGUUAAGCACAAUUGGAAGACGUCUGGUGCUUUAGGCAUGUACAGAGGGUUUCUAGCCGCUCUAGUCAAAAUGCUACCCGGAAUGACUAUCAGUUAUGUGGCCUACGAAGAAUUAUGCUCAUCGUUUGGUGUACGCAUGUAA